AUGAUACGAAACAUGGUGCCUUUGAUGCAGGCGCGUUUGUUCUAUUCGACGGUCACGGCAAGUGCUACCGCCACACUUGCAACUAAAAUAAACCCAAAGUUGGACGAAUUUCGUACAACCGAGCAAACCGUGGCAAAACACCAACGCACAACUAUUGGCCGGUAUUACACCAUCCCGGCGGAUGUACGGAAAAUGAUUUUUGGCCAUGGUGGACUGCCAAAAAGCUUCGAAAAGCAGAUUAAAACAUUCAACGAAUGCUCUUUGAUGGUUCGUCUACCAGCGGUUGAGAUUAUCGAGUACAUAAAGCGGACUGAUUUCAAUCGACCGGUGAACCGGUUCGUGUUAUACGGCGAGGAUGGUGCCGGCAAAUCGCUUACCUUGGCUCACCUUUUACACUACGGAUUCCAGCAGCAAUACGUCCUGAUACACGUUCCCUGGGUGCCGAACUGGAUGAAGCGUGCAAAAGAAACCGCCAACUCGACCACAAAAGAGGGUGCUAUUGAUUUACCAUUGGACGGUGCAGCUUGGUUAUUGCAUUUUAAGAGCCAGAAUGCAUCAUUACUUAAAGAUCUCGGCCUAAAAGUGAGCCGCGAUUACGUGUGGACGAAGCGCGAAAUAACACCGGCAGGGGCGCCACUGAUGGACCUGGUCGAGCACGGUAUUAACCGAGCGAAAUUCUCCUGCGAUGCGAUUGCUGCACUGUUGCAUGAACUUAAGGAACACUCGAAUGAGGGUCGUUGCCGUGCUAUGGUGCUGAUCGAUGGGUUUAAUGCUUUCUUUCAGUCACACACGCGCCUCCUAACCGAAAACAAAGUACGCGUUAAGCCCGAACAACUCACGCUGACGGAUCCAUUCCUCAGCAUCACUCGCAACGACUGGCAUAAUGGUGUGUGCGUGGUAACUAUUGAUCAAAUGGUGGCAGAAUUUAAAGAUAAAUCGCAAAUUCAGUUAAAUGGCUCGAACACAGAGGAUGCAUCCUCUCAACCUCCCCUAACUGUUAUCGAUUCGCGCGAAUGCUUUGAACAUCUAGACCCGUUUGUGCCGGUGCGCGUCGUCGGUUAUGAUGACGCUGAAUAUUACAGCUGCAUCCAGUACUAUCUUGAGCGUAAAUGGAUUCAAACAACUGAGUUGGGAUUUGACGAUGAGCUUAAAAUGUUAAGUUGCCAGAAUCCGUACCAACUGAUGCAGCUAUGCGCCUCGUUGUAG